AAAUCACAGGGGCGCGCACGGCUGGUGGCCGUAAAUACGUCACCGGAGCGUUCGGUCUUUCUUUCUCUCGUCCUGAAGAUGGCGGCAGGGACUCUGUACACAUACCCAGAGAACUGGCGGGCCUUCAAGGCCCAAAUUGCAGCCCAGUACAGCGGGGCUCGCCUCAAAGUCGCCAGCAACUCCCCUGCCUUCACCUUCGGCCAGACAAACCGGACCCUUGCCUUCCUCAACAACUUCCCCCUGGGCAAGGUACGUGUUUCAACAACAGGUAUGUUCCAGCGCCUGGACAAACUCCGAAAGAAUGCCUUUGGCAGUGUCCUCUUGUUUGGUACCAAGAACAACAGCACCAUCUCAGGCGUCUGGGUCUUCAGAGGCCAGGAACUUGUCUUCCCUCUGUCUCCAGACUGGCAAAUCGACUACGAAUCAUAUGACUGGCGUAAGCUUGAUCCCAGCAGCGAGGAGUGCAAGACCAUGGUAAAGGAGUACUUUGCCUGGGAGGGAGACUUCAAGCAUGUGGGUAAAGCCUUCAACCAGGGCAAGGUCUUCAAGUGAGAGGACACUGGGACAGUCUUCGCUUCUGCUUUCCAACACUUAAUACCUAUUGACUCUAAGCGACCAAGUGCUUAUUACGAGAAUGACAGUGUAAAGACAAUAGUGAAUUGUCAGUGGCCCCAAGCUGUUUUUGUGUUCUUUGACCUGCAAAAUAAAGCAUUUUCCACAAUGCCAUCUUUUGGAUUUGAUGUC